GGGCCCGGCGCAGGCGCCGCCGGAGGCUCGCGGCGGAGGGCAGCUGGGCCUGGGACGGCGGCUCCAUGCGCUGCCAGGUCUCGGUGCUGUAUUUCGCCCGGAGCGCGGAGCUGGCGGGGCUGCGCAGCGAGACCCUCUCGGUGCCACGGCAGAUCACCUCUCUACAGCUCUGGGAGGAGAUCGUCAAGGCCCACCCCAGGCUUGCUGUCAUCCAGGAUCAAGUGGUUUUUGCUGUUCGGCAGGAAUACGUGCUUCUUGGAGAUCAGCUCCUGGUCCUUCAGCCUGGAGACGAGGUUGCCAUCAUCCCACCGAUUAGUGGAGGCUGAACCUGCCCAGAUUCUGUUGGGUCCACAGAUGUGAUUGCUAUUCUCUCCUUCCACCCCAGUACUGUUUUGAGAGAGCCUAAUGUGUAUUUCCAUCUGGAGAGUACAGUUAUGCUGACCAGAAACUACAAGCCAGUGCAC